AUGGAAUCGAGCGAUCCUAUGCUUAAGAAGAAAGCCAGCCCAGCGCCCAGCUCAGCCCCUAUGCUGUGGAAGGUCCUGGCCAUCAUCUUCAUCGUGAUAAGUGUAGCACUUUUAAUUGCUCUGAUAGUUGUUGCAACAAAGCAACAGAAAGGGGCCGAGAACCAAGACACAAAGCCAAAACCAACCUCUAAGACCACGAUGAGUGUGGAACCUUGUGCUGAUGGAAUGACGAGUUCCAAAGAACCACCAAAGUCUUCGAGUCCUUUUAACGACCUGACAGUCAGCGAGAUCACCGCCGUUAGGGAUUAUUUACUGAAGCAGGCCUCACUAAACCUCACGGAAUAUUCCAAGGCUACAGUCGACAGCAAUUAUAUUUACUUGAUACAGUUGCUUCCGCCGUCGAAAGAAGAAGUUCUGGAACAUCUAGACAAUAAUGGUGCCAAGCCUGAACGAAAAGCUGUUGCUGUGGUUUUCCAUGGUGCCACCGAUCCACCUGUGGUAAAAGAAUACAUCAUCCAUCCGGUCUCGACGCCAACUGAUUACAAGGUUAGAGAGAUUCCAGGUGGACAGAAAAAAACUGUUCCAUUUAAUGCUCGCCCUUUUGAUGGCGUUGUAGAAUAUAACGCACUAGAAAGAGAGAUUGUCAAGGAAACUGCCAGUAAACUCGCCAAGUUAAUUUCUGAAAGUUAUGACGGCUACAUCUACAUCUUCCCCUGUGUCUCUGGUAUAAAGUGCUUACAGUUCCUUUACACAGCCCCUAUGGGUUUUACAGGGGAGGACCGCUAUACCUGGAUCUACUUUGUUCGCGGGGAUGUUGCAGGCCAUUAUCUUCAUCCUCUAGACUUGAUGUUCCUGGUAGAUCAUGGAGGAGCGGACGUUUCUAAAUGGAAAAUCCUCAAGGUUCUUUACAACAAUCAGACUUUUGACACUAUAGACGAGUUAGCGGGAAAAUUCGAAAAUAAUACCAUUAACAAGAUUUCUGUGCCAGCUCCAAAAGGCACAGACGCGCUAUUUUCCAGUUACGAACGUCGAGAAGUUCCUCAGCCAUUUAAGCCAAUGAGAGAACCAGUGCAGUAUGAGCCCGAUGGAAAGCGUUACUCUGUAAAUGGACGUCAAAUUACCUACAUGUCGUGGUCGUUUGAUUUCAGAAUGGAUUCCAACAGUGGCAUGCAAAUCUACGAUAUUAAAUUUAACGGAGAGAGAAUUGUUUACGAGCUCAGUCUUCAAGAAGCAGCGGCUACUUACGCAGGUUUUUAUCCAAGCCCCUCUUGGAAUAACUUUCUUGACGGCUCAUGGCGAAUGGGAAUGAGUAGUUACGAAAUGGUUCGAGGCGUUGAUUGCCCUAAUACUGCUACUUUCUUCGACUUAGUGCACAUGAUUGGAGUUGGAAAUCCGCAGACCUUUCGCAACGCAGUGUGCGUAUUUGAACUAAAUACUGGAACACCACUUCGUCGACAUUAUGAUAACAACUUUUAUAAUGGUUACAAGUUUUAUGGAGGGAUGGCCAACCAAGUAUUAGUUCUGCGUACAGUAGCAACAGUUUACAAUUACGAUUAUGUUUUCGACUUCAUAUUCUACCAGAACGGAGUCAUUGAAGUCAAGAUGUCAGCUUCUGGGUAUAUUUUUGGAGCAUUUUAUAACUCUAACAUGGACCCAUACGCAUACCCGCUUCAUGAGGAUUUCACAAGUGGUACACACGAUCACCUUAUCAACUAUAAAGUGGAUCUGGACGUUGGUGGCAGGGGAAAUUCGUACGAGACUAUCGAAAUUGGGAUCGAAAACAUCACUGAGCGAUGGUUUCCUAACAGACGACGUGUCCAGAAAGUUCUGAAACGCGAUGUGAAGAAAACAGAGAUGGAUGCAUCUUACAAGUUUGACUUCGACCAUCCAAUGUACCUAAACUUUUUCAAUGAAAAGAAGAAAAACCGAAUGGGUGUGAAAAAAGGAUACCGCAUCCAGCUGGACAACAUGCUGAAGCAGUUGUACCCAGAAGAUUGGAUGAUCACACCAAUGUUGAGCUGGUCCCUCUAUCAAAUGGCUAUCACCAAGUACAAAGAGAAUGAGACACAGAGUAGCUCUAUUUAUAAUCAAAACUCGCCAACAGAUCCACAGGUUAGGCUCUCUUUUUCUAAAGCUUGUUUUCUUCUGUUUAACGUGAACUAAAUAUAUGUGAAUACAUGUAGCGAAGAAAUAAUGUCUGUUCUGGAGGAUACAGUAUAAGAGGGUAAAGAGCUGCGUGGAAAACACUCUUCCAAACGUUUGGUAAUAAAUGGAAAACGCAUCCAAUCUGACCACGUUGAAUUGAAAUAAUGCUCUCUUGAUAUAUGUAUUUUGGAGACAACGAUAGUUUUUAUGGUAUCAUGCUUGUUGUCAUUGGUUGUAUGUUGUCAGGCAAGGCAAUGAACGCCGUUAUGAGUGCUUCAAACGUUACGAAUAUAUUUAAUCUUUCUUUACCAUUUCACAGGUUGAUUUCCGUAAUUACCUCGCGGAUGAUGACCCCAUUGUGAACGAGGAUUUGGUUGCCUGGGUUACAAUUGGCGCGAUGCAUGUACCUCAUGCAGAAGACCUGCCCAACACCGCCACGGCUGCCAACUCCGCUCGCUUCUUCAUAAGGCCUUUCAACUACUUUGACGAGGAUCCUUCUAUCGGAUCUACCAAUGCCAUCUUAAUUACACCGAUUGAGCCCUAUAACUUCUCAGCGCAGAAGGUGGAGCGAUAUGGCACUCCUGUAGGACCGCAAUGCAUCCCCAAGAAACACACAACUGACUUCAAGGGUACUUAUUGAUGGACAACUGUUUUUUUGUUGCUGUUGUUGUUAUUAUUUUUGUUUUUUUUUCUGUUGUUUGUUUUAUUUGGAACGGUAUGCUUACGAAUAUGUCGUGUUACUCUACUUAGUGAGGUAGAUCAAUUCAUAAUAUACCAAAGUCAAAAGCUACCACCAAAUUGCAAAAAUGUUGAGACACUUUGAAGAAAAAGUGCGUUUAGCGAUUUCAUCUGAAGGUUAAUAAGAAUGUUAGUGAAAAAAAAAAUCAAGAGGUACUCCCAUGUACAUGAUACUGCCUAUAGCAACAUUGCAAAAGAGGGGUAAGGGGAUACAAUAUGUUGGAUCACAUGGUGAACACUUUUCUGUUCUCAAAUGUCUCAACUACUUUUGCAACUGGUUAUACCUUUAUCCUUUAACCUUUUGAUUAUACGAUUAGGUUUCAUGAAACUCUUGUUAUUAAACCUUGUAAGAAGGAAAGCUCUUGUGUUGGAUCUUAAUAGAGUAAGACGAGUGCAACACUACGCUAGGCUUUUAUUACCACAGUUGUAUUUUCUAAUCAUUUUAGUCUUCAUGAUUUCCAAAUCACUGCGGCUGUAAACAUGGUUUUGGUGUUCAUUUGAUUUAGGUGCAUUUUGACAAAUUCUGAUACUAUGGGCAUGUUUUCAAAACCGUCCGUAAGCUCCUUUUCCUUGACAUUUUCCCUUCUGUCGUAAAGGCGUGCAUGGAUAGGAAAAAUUUUUUAAGUCUGUUUGUUCUCCGGUGAUGCGAAUUCCUCUGUCCCUAAAUUAUUUUACAUAGAUUAUAUAAUUUAUUGCAACUUUGCGCUUAUUCUUAAAAUCACAAACAUUAGCACAUGCAUCCAGCAUAAUAUGGAAACUUUUUGUCGCCAAAUGAACGAUUUAAUUUUGUCAUGUCAUUAAGUAGACGUUUCACAUUUCCCUAAUUGUCAAAAAAACAAGGAUAUCAGUAAAUUAACAUGUGAGUUUAACAUGGUACAUUUUUUGCGUAAAUGGUUCGUUGAUAGGGUAACUCUCAGAAAGGCCUGUAGCUUUAACGACGAGACAGAAGCAAAGUGGAAGAAGGCAGACAAUAACAGAACCAGCUAUAAACAUAAUAAAUCUUCAGCGCCUUGUCCUUUUUUUUUUAAUCUUUCCACUUCUUCUUCUCAGUCACCGCUAAACAGGACAGUGAGAUGUUGCUUUUAGUUUAGAGUCGUGAUCUUGUUUUCAUAGUCAUUAUCACCAGUACGUUGAGGAGAACUAUGAAGGGACAACUGAUGGUGUUGAUGACGAUGGUUAUAAUAUAACUGAGCAACAAUAGGACAUCUGCUGUGUCACCUUCUCCAAUUGGUUAAGUUUGUAGCGUUUGUAAAACUAUCCGUGGAAAAGUUUGCCAUAUCUAAUUGGAAAUUUAAUGCAACUAAAGUAUGUAUCUGAACAACCGUUUCUGCAAGACUUUUACCAUUACAUAAUACGAAGAAAGUCAGGUUUCAUUUUUCAUCUCCUGGGAAUGACUAUUGAAUCCACAUAUGCAUGACAUCAAUGCAGCACAAAGCUGAAUUAGAAACGCUAAACUCCGCCCG